AUGAGUUGGAGUCUAUGCAAUGUCCGGUUACAAGCUAAUGAUGUGGGUGCUAAACGUGAGAACACCUUGGUAGUAGACUUUAGUGUGCUGCCGAAGCGACCAGAUGCAUCUGCCGUACAGAAAUUCAUGUACGGUAAGUUGAAACUGGACAUAGUGGACACCUUAAACAUCCAGUUUCACAAUGUUAGAAACUGUGUCUACGUAGAGAUGGUAGAUGCAGCAACAGCCAAGCGCUACUUUGCAUCACACCAUCUACAACAUAGGGGAAUUUACUGCGAGAAAAAAGCUUACAAAAUUCCCGUGUUCGUGGAAGACGAAGCCGUUAACGUGAGAAUCCAUGAUCUCCCUCCGAAAACACCUAACACGGUGAUUUUAGAAAGUAUGCGACCAUACGGUACUAUUCUUUCCAUCAGCAGAGAAAUGUGGAAGAAUUAUUUUCCCGGCAUUUACAAUGGAGUACGUGUAGUACGGAUGAAGUUCAAACAACUCAUCCCUUCCUAUCUAACGAUCGACGGUGAGACAACAUUGAUUACAUAUCGCAAUCAAGCAAAAACCUGUAGGUUCGGUGGACAAAAGGCUCAUCCCCGACAAAAGUGUAAUAGCUCUACAUCACGCAUUACUGUAAAUGACCCUACAGCACAAGAAUCGAGUGAAUCGGAUGAAUUUCUAACCGUCACCAACAAACGACGGCUGUCAACGAAACAAAAACACAACAAUGCGAAACAAUAUAUUACGAACCAGGGUUGCCAGAAUGAUGAAUCAGCAGGAAAUGAAAAUUCGAUGGAAGAAAAAGAAGACGAAUUAGACGAACCAGCCUACGGCUGA